AAGAGUCAAAGGAGAACAUUAACGUGCGCGGGAUAUUUAUAAACUAUAAAAAGUUAAAAGCAAAGGUGAUUCAAAGUAGUAUAUCAAAGUAAUUAACCGGUUGUUUUUUUUCGUGUUUGCAGAACUGUAUUAGGUACUAGAAAAUUAAAAAGAGCAGCGUUAGUGUUAACUUUGGAAGUUCAAGUUUUAAAAUUAAUAAUAAUUACCAAUAAAAGUGAUAAAACUAGUAAUUCGCAAAAAUUUUAUAAAAUUACACCACGAUGGAAAUUAAUGAUCAAACACUACAGCAACUUGCUAGUUACUUGCAACAAACUCUAAGCCCAGAUCCAAAUAUAAGACGUCCCGCUGAAAAAUUACUUGAAUCAACAGAAAUUCAACAAAACUACCCAGUUUUAUUACUCAAUUUAAUUGAUAAAUCCGAACUAGACUUGACCAUUCGUGUUGCUGGAGCAAUAGCUUUUAAAAAUUAUGUAAAAAGGAAUUGGGCUAUUGAUGCAGAAGGUGAUGGAAUUGAUAAAAUUCAUGAGUCGGAUAGAAUAGCAAUCAAAGGAUUAAUAGUAACAUUAAUGUUGAAAUCUCCAAACGCUUUGCAAAAGCAAUUAAGUGAUGCUGUAAGUAUCAUCGGAAAACACGAUUUUCCUAAAAAAUGGCCACAACUUAUAGACGAAAUGGUUGAAAAAUUUGCCACUGGUGAUUUUAACAUAAUAAAUGGAAUUCUUCAAACAGCACACUCAUUAUUUAAAAGAUAUAGAUUUGAGUUUAAAUCACAAUCCUUGUGGGAAGAAAUAAAACUGGUUUUAGAUAAAAUGGCUAGGCCAUUAACGGAUUUAUUAUUAGCGACUAUAGGUUUGGCAAAACAACAUGAGAACAACAAAGAAGCUCUUAAAGUUAUAUAUGGUAGUUUAGUGCUUGUCUGCAAAGUAUUUAACUCGUUAAAUUCGCAAGAUUUACCAGAAUUUUUUGAGGACAAUAUGCAAACUUGGAUGGGAGCUUUUCACCAAUUUUUAACAGAAGAUGUUGCCUGCCUGCAUACAGGUGAUGAUGAAGAAGCAGGAGUAUUGGAACAUUUGCGUUCGCAAGUUUGUGAAAACUUAGUGUUAUACGCCUCAAAAUAUGACGAGGAAUUUAAAGAUUACAUGUCUCAAUUUGUUACUGAUAUUUGGGAAUUAUUGGUUAAGACUGGCAUUCAAACAAAAUAUGAUGCUCUAGUUUCUAACGCAUUAACUUUCUUAUCUACUGUAGCGGAUCGACAACAUUAUAGGCAAUUGUUUGAAGAUCCUACAGUUUUGUCAAGCAUUUGUGAAAAAGUUGUGAUCCCCAAUAUGGAUUUUAGAACUUCAGAUGAAGAGUUAUUCGAAGAUAAUCCAGAAGAAUAUAUCAGACGUGACAUCGAAGGCUCAGAUAUUGAAACAAGGCGCAGAGCUGCUUGUGAUUUAGUCAAAACUUUAUCUCAAAAUUUUGAAGCAAAAAUUUUUGAAAUUUUCGGCCAAUAUUUGCAGAUAUUGCUCGCAAAAUACAGCGAAAAUCCUCAAGCCAAUUGGCGUGCAAAAGAUACAGCAAUUUAUUUGGUAACUUCUUUAGCGUCCAGAGGAGGUACUCAAAAACACGGUGUCACAAAAACUUCUGAAUUGGUAUCUCUGCCACAAUUUUGUCAGCAACAAAUUAUACCAGAACUUGAAAGGAUAAACAUAAAUGAACUUGCUGUACUAAAAGCAGAUGCUAUUAAAUUUAUCAUGGUGUUCCGCAGUUUAUUAGGUCCAGAAACGUUGAUUGUUUGUUUACCGCACUUAAUUCGGCAUUUACCAUCAGAAAGUAUAGUUGUACAUAGCUACGCGGCUUGCACUAUAGAAAAAAUUUUUUGCAUUAGAACAGCGACAAAUUCUUCGCUAAUAACUUCUGCGCAACUUCAACCAAUGGCAGCUAAUCUCAUAAGUGGACUAUUUUCUACUCUUUCACUACAGGGAUCAGCAGAAAAUGAAUACGUUAUGAAAGCUAUAAUGAGAUCUUUUUCAACAUUGCAAGAAGCAACAAUGCCAUUCAUGGCGGAGGCACUUCCUAAGCUUACUCAAAUAUUAGCUCUUGUGGCUAAGAAUCCAUCUAAACCACAUUUUAAUCAUUAUUUAUUUGAAACAUUAUCUCUUUCUAUUAAAAUUGUCUGUAAGGUUCAACCAAGUGCAGUUAGUUCUUUUGAAGAAGCAUUGUUUCCAGUAUUCCAAGCAAUUUUACAACAAGAUAUUUUAGAAUUUAUGCCGUAUGUUUUUCAAAUACUUUCACUUUUAUUGGAAAUAAGAGAAGGGGCAGGUACGAUACCCGAUCCCUAUUGGUCAUUAUUCCCGUGUUUAUUAUCUCCAACUCUAUGGGAUCGGCCUGGAAAUGUAACGCCUUUGAUUCGAUUAAUUAGUGCAUUCAUAAGACAAGGUUCAUCUCAAAUAUCAAGCUUAGGAAAACUAAAUGCCGUGUUAGGUGUUUUCCAGAAAAUGAUAGCAUCUAAAGCUAAUGAUCAUGAAGGGUUUUAUUUAAUGCAAAAUUUGAUAAGUUAUUACCCCAGAGAUGAACUCCAACAAGUAAUGAAACAAAUUUUUGGACUAUUAUUUCAACGUCUUUCGUCUUCAAAAACAACAAAAUAUGUUAAAGGAAUAAUUGUGUUUUUUUGUUUUUAUGCAACAAAGUUGGGCGCUCAACAAUUAGUUGAUUUAAUAGAUAGUAUACAAACACAAAUGUUUGGCAUGGUGAUAGAACGUGUUUUAAUUUCGGAUAUGACAAAAGUAUCCAGUGAUAUGGAUCGAAAAAUUGUUUCAGUUGGUAUUUCAAAAAUUCUGACUGAAUCCCCAUCAAUGCUCAACGCACCGUACGUUGAAAUGUGGCCGAAUCUUCUAAAAACAUUGAUUGAGCUUUUUGAAUUACCUGUUGACGAAUCUACUUUAGAGGGCGAUAAUUUCAUUGAAAUUGAAGAUACACCAGGCUAUCAAGUGGCAUUUUCACAACUGAAUUUUGCACAUCCAAAAAAGCAGGACUUUUUAUCCGAUAUACCAGACGGAAAGCGAUUUUUAGCUGAAAGUUUAGCUAAGCUUUCACAGUCUUGUCCAGGUCGAAUCACAGGAUACAUCCAAAAUUUGUCAAAUGAUCAUCAAAUUGCUUUGCAGAAAUAUUGCGCUCAAGCUUCAGUUCAGAUUUUAUAA